AUUUCAACCCUCUGUGAACCGAGUCUAAGCACAGUUAAGUCUGCAGUUAUCUUUUCACAUCAUGUUUCGUCCUGUAACACCAUUGUCCGACAAGGACAUGGAAGGAGCAGAUGUUGAAAAUAUGGAUUUUAAUCUGCCGAAUGCUGUGCCGAACUUUGACUAUGUCCCUGAUUUCGGACUUUCGUCACAAGUCGGGCGCGCUGCCGGUUCUUUAAAUCCAUUUGAAGGAGGAGAGGAGGAGGAGGAGAUGAUGGAUGUUUAUCCAACACAUGAGGCGAAACGCCAAAAAGUGUUGGGAUGGAGAUGUGAUGAUGGUGGAAUGGAUUUUGUCCUACCAAGUGCGGUCCCUGACAUUGUCCCGAACAACGGACAUUUGUUAGACAGACGCGCCGGGAGUUCACAUCCACGAGGAGGAGUAAAGGAGUUUACUCCUGCAUUUGAGGAGGCGAACAGCCCCACAGAAAAAUGCGAGAAUAAAGUCUUGAAAUCAUUAAAGAAGGGAUGGAAUAAAGUAAAGCAGCCAUUCCUUCAUAAUGAUAAAGUGGAAACACUGAUUCCUUCAGAGCUUAAUGCAGAUUCAGAUAAUCCUAAUGUAAAGGAUGGUGCUGGUCUGGCCAGCUCUGAAUUAAACAAUAAGAUCAAACCGGAAAAACAACGAAUGGCAUUCUUUGACUGUCUCCGGAGGGGCAAGGUGGAGUCAGUGCCGACUCCCCUGCUGAAAGCGGAUCCAGCUAUUCCUGAUGUUAGGGAAGUUGUUGAUCCUGCAUCACAGUCAAAGACCUACGUUGGUCCGAAGAAACAGAAACAAAAGGCUUCAAAGAGCCGCAAAUCUAACCUCCAGGGAGAAAAAGUGACUGUUGUGCCAACUCAACAGCCCAAGGCUAUUUCAGAUAUUCCUGUUGGCAUGGAUGUUCCUGCUCUGGCCGGCCCCCAAUCAAAACCAAAGAUUCGUCCGGAUAAACGCAUGACAUUGACGCAACGCUUCUUUGGAUGCUUCCGGAGGGGCAAAGUGGAGUCGAUGCCGACUUCACAGAUUGAGGCCGAUCCAGCUAUCCCUGAUGCCAGGGAAGUUGUUGAUCUGGCAGAUUCUCAAUCGAAGAGUGUUGGCUUAAAGAAACAAAAACAAAAGGCUUCAAAGAGCCGCUCAUUUCACAACCCUUGGAGUAAAAAAGGGAAGAGUAAAGUGAAAAAAGAUGCCGAUCCAGCUAUUCCUGAUGCCAUGGAUGGUGCGGAUCUGGCCAGUUUUGGUGGCAUCACUGCAGCUAAUGGGAGGCUACAGACGUUAGGUGCCAUCCCAGAGAAUAUUGGGUUGAAAGGUGGUGGAAAUCCUGACCCAAAUAAAGCAAAAAAUCCCAGGCCAAAAGCUUUUAGAAAUCUCAGACUUCCUUGGUUUUUUAAAGCAAAAAUAACUAAAAAUCCUGGACCAAAAGAAGAAGGAAAUCUUGAAGCAAAAGCCCUUGAAAAUCCCAGAAAUCCCUUGCCAGAAAAUGACAAAGUUGUCAGGCCAAAAGUUAUAAAUGUUGUUCAACAAGCUUCUGAACCGCCAAGCGAGAAGAAACCAGAUGAUCCGUCAGUGCCUAAAGACACUUUUGAUUCUAAAUAUCAACUCUUGGAGGAUGAAGUGCUUGGGUGCGGUGGCUGUGCCAUAGUGUACAAAGGGAUCCGUAAAUCGGAUGGCAGUGAGGUUGCCAUCAAGCGAAUAAUCAAACGAAAGAAUGAAAGGACUCUUCAGAUUCCUGGAUACCCCAAACCACUUAUUACAGAAGUGGCGCUGAUGCUUAAGUUAGGAGAUGCGCCCUCAUGCCCCAAUGUCAUACAGAUGUAUGACUGGUACGAGACUAAACACUUUUACACGCUCGUGUUGGAGUACCCACUGCACAGCGAAUCCUUGUUGCUAUUUGUUCUUCUUGAAGAAAAACUAAGUGAAAAUACAGCAAGACAUCUCAUGCGUCAGGCGUUACUGGCAGUGCAACACUGUCUGGAUAAUGGAGUUUUUCACACCGACAUCCAUCCCGGAAACUUCUUGGUGCAGCAAUCAACAAUGAGCCUGAAGUUAAUUGACUUUGGGCUUGGACAUUAUCUGACGCAUGAGGCCUAUGAUUCCUGUGACUUUAUGGGAGCUCCAUGUUGCACCCCGCUUGAGAUCGAAACGGCUAAGAAAUUCCACGCCGUGCCAGCAAACGUCUGGGCCUUAGGUACUAUGCUGUACUUCAUGGUGCUUGGAUCUUUCCCCUGUCCUUUAAACGAGUUUAAUUCCGGGAAUCUGGAGACAAAUGAGAUGGAUUUAUCAAAGGAAAUCUGUGAUCUGUUAAGUGGUUGCCUGGCCCUGAAUCCAAGUGAUCGUCCGACGCUCAAGCAGAUCUUAGAUCAUGACUGGUUUAAAACUGAGUCUGAUGAAGAAGAGCUACUCGUAUACAAAAUGAGGGCAAUAUCCACAGAAAAUAAAAAGGAUGAAGCUGAAUGACUGAAGAAAAGGGGAAUGAUUGGAGAUGCUGUUUUCAUCAUCCUGAGACAUAUGGAGUUUGCUAAUCAUGUUUACGGAUAAAUAAGUUUCUAUAACCAGAAAGCGAGAAUAGCACAGACAUUAAAAGGGCCUCAAUUUCUCAGGAGGAACUCAUUUUUGCACACUUUCUGCAUAAUGUUGUAUUUCAGACUUCAUGAACACAGACCGCUGGCUGAACAUCUGAUGCAGAUCCUGUCUCAUCCUUGAACACAUAAAAAAAAAAUGUUUUAAUUCUUAAUGUUUUUAUAUUUUAAAGUUGUAUAAUAAAGUAUCUAAUAUAUAGUAUGUCCUCUAUAGAAUCAGCGAUGUCUGUCUCUCUCUCUAGGGUUUUUUCUCCUAGGAGUUUAGGGAGUCAGGUUUAUUAAUGUAAAGCUGCUUUGAAAUAAUUAAACAAUUGUGAAAAUUGCUACAGUAUAAAAUUGAAUUGAAUAUGGAAGACUUUUCUUUAGCAGAUGUUUUAAUUUGUUUUUUUUUUUACUUUUUUAUUUGAUCAAACUGAUUAACUUGGUUACUUAUGUACAUGUUUUUCAUAUGCAAUAUCAAACCCUUGACCUUGGUAUAAAAUACUGGGAGUUAACGUAGUAAAUCCAAUCAGACACAAUGUUAAACCUGAUGCUGUUUUAACCCAAAUAAAUAAGUACACUUGACCUAAACCUUAAAAUAUACCCUUCAUUACUCUGUUUUAGUUUAAUUUGCAUGAUUUCUCUCAAUCAUCGAGACAUUUUGAUUAACUUAUUUUAUUUAAAUCUGUGGAUUGAACAUUUCACCAAUCAUGCAUAAAUUAAACUGCUACUCUGCAGCUAUUUCUGUUAUCACUGUUGGCUAUUAUUUUUGUUGUAAAGUUAAGAGCUGAUUAAAAGUACAUUACUUUACGAAA